GAGGAGGAGGAGGAGGAGAAGAGCGCAGCUUCCCGCAGCUGGCGAGGAGAAUGGGAGUGCGGGACGACAGACCGCCGCGGGGUGUCAAGGCCGCGGCCAAGCUCGCCCGCCGCUUUUAAACCCGGGAGGGCGCGGCGGCGGCGGGCUGAUCGCGGCGCGCUCGCGGUGCCGGGCGGCGUCCGAAUGGAGAGGAAGGGCUCGGCGGCCGGGACCAAAGGGAACCCGAGCCCGCCGGGGGCCGGCGAGGUGCAGCGGCCGCCGCCGCCGCUGUGCGUCCCGGGCGGCGGCGGAGGGGCUCCGGCGCGGGGCCAGGCUGGGGCGGCGGCCGAGCCCGCCGAGUCCAUCCGGCGCGCGUACGAGUUCAAGAGCCAAGGCUCGCAGUGCUACAAGGACAAGAAAUUCCGCGAAGCCAUCGGCAAGUACCACCGGGCGCUGCUGGAGCUGAAGGGGCUGCUGCCCGUCCCCGGGGAGCGGGAGCGGGACUCGCGCGCGGCCUCUCCGGCCGGGGCCCCCAACCCCGGCCGCCUCUCGGAGGAGCAGAGCAGGACGGUGGAAGCCAUCGAGAUCGACUGCUACAACAGCCUGGCAGCCUGCCUGCUCCAGGCUGAGCUGGUAAACUAUGAACGAGUCAAGGAGUAUUGCCUCAAAGUCUUGAAGAAGGAAGGGGAGAACUUCAAGGCCCUUUACCGGUCUGGUGUGGCCUUCUACCACCUUGGGGACUAUGACAAAGCACUCUACUACCUGAAAGAAGCAAGGACCCGACAGCCAACAGACACCAACGUGAUUCGGUAUAUCCAGCUGACGGAGAUGAAGCUCAGCAGAUGCUCCCAGAGAGAGAAGGAAGCCAUUUAACUACAACACCUCUCUAGACUUGCACUUGCGCCUGACCCUGGACUCGUAGGCAUCCCCUGGCAGAGAGCCCCUCCCUGGGUUCUGGUCCUUUCUCCCAACUCCUUCCACCAGCACCCCCCCCGCCCCCCCCCCCACCACCACCACCCUCGCCCUUCCCAUCUCUUCUUCCUGUUGCCCCUCAACUAUUGUCUACUCCCAGUGUGAAAAGAAGGAGAUGCAAAUUUGGAAUCUGGUGGGUUGCCCUGACAAUGGAGAUAUCUUCUUCUCUAGCAGGUCAGCCACUGAGAGGGACCUGACCUCUGUGGGGACAGCCGGGGAGGACUCUCACAGACCAGGAAUGCCUGGGUUUCUGACAGAGGCAGAUCCUGGCGGUUUACCAUCCCAAAAGCAGCAGGCAUGAAACCCAUGGCUGGACCCUGCACACCUUUCUGACAGACCAGAGCAUCUCAAGGCAAUUGUGACAGAUCCAGGGUUGAGACAAACACCAGGAGCACUGGUUAAGGCAGGAGAGAGACCGUGAACUUGUACACUGGAUUUCCCCACCUCUACCCCCAGUAGCCUCCGCCCCUGCCUCUCUUCCUUGUCUUGGCUUGUGCUUUCUUCUCUUGCCCUUGGGGAUCUGAGACUGUGCCAGGAUUCACAUGCCAUUGACACCCACUCUCAGUGCCCUCUGGUGACCACACAUACCAUCCUCCCAUCCCCCCAGCAGACAGCUGUGACAGCAGAAGGGCAGGGUCAAGUGGGCCAAGGGUUGACCACUAAGGGGAUGUGGGGAGGGAGAGGUGACGUCCAGGGGAGAGAGCAUUGUAUAGACUGGGCGACUCAUUAAGUGUAAAUAAAAAUAAAUUAACAGGCAGAAACUCCUGUCAUUUCUGUUGGAAGCAGCCCACUGCCCCACUGUUACUCCCUCCCCAGCGAACUCACUCAGAGCUACUUCCAGCCAGGCAGGAUGGGGCUUCCCCAAUGGCCAUUUGUUCCCUGGUCUACAGCGUUGGCUGCCUCCUCUGUGUGUUAGAGUAGGCUGGGUUGGGAAUUCUGCCCAGGGGGUUGGCUUUGUGGGACUUUGUGGGACUUGUACAGCCUCUUUGAUGACAUUAGGUGGACUCAAUAUCUAGCACAGAGAAUGUGUUCAACAAAUACUUGUUGAAUGAAUAAAUUAUGACUGCAGACUGGCUCUCCUGCCUUAAACUAAUUUUAUCCCAGCCUAGUCUCCUGAUAUCUAUGCUCUUCAUUGCCAUGUUGCUUCAGUCAAAUAAGAAACAUUUCCUGAGGGCUUCUUGUUUGCCUACCAUUGUGCAAUAUGCUGUGGGACAUAGGACGUGGUCCUAUGGAAGAGUUCAGAAAUGCUCGUGUGAGAUUAUUACCAAUGACACCUUUCAUUUAUACGAUGCUUUAAAUUUUUCAAAGCACUUUCAUGUAUCUUCCGUGUGAUUAGUGAAAGAAACAGUAUUGUACAAAUUAAAAUAUAUACAGAUGCAAUAAUGUUCAUAGUUAGCAUUUAUUAAAUGCACUAUCCUCAGCUCUUUACAUGUAUAAGCUCAUUUCUUUCAUGCAAUUACCCUAUGAGGUGGCAUUUCUAUUUGAAGGAUAAGAAAACUGAAAACCAGAAAAACUAACUAUCCCAGCCCAGCAAGUGGUUGAGCAUCAGCCUAUGAACCAAGAGGUUACAAUUCGAUUCCUAGUUAGAGCACAUGCCUGGGUUGCGGGCUCGAUCCCCAGUGUGGGGUAUUCAGGCGGGCAGCCAAUCAAUGAUUCUCUCUCAUUGAUGUUUUUCUCUCUUUCUCUCUCUCUCCUUCUCCCUUCCUGUCUGAAAUCAAUGGGAAAAAAAAAAAAACUUAUAAAAGAAAAAUGAACUGUUGCAAGGUGGCAUGGCCUUAAGUGGAAUAGCUAGGAUUCGAGCCAGGUGUGUCUGACCCCAGAGCUCUAGCUAAAACUACUCUACAAUUAGUUUCUGCUCUACGAAGUAUAUUGAGCAGUUACAACCGCUCAAGAGCAGGACCGUGUGUGUUACAUUACAAAGUUUUGACUGUAGUACCUGAGCUGCCUCUUGUGUUUAAAAUGCCCAAAGGG